AGAAGAGAGGAGAGAGAGACAGAGAGUUAGAGAGAGAAGGAGAGAGCAGAGACACCAUUCGGUGCUCCGCUGAAUACGGUUGUGGCCCCACCGCUCCGGUGAGUGACUUCUGUCCUUUUCCUUCAACUUGAUCUUCAUUUUCUGUCUCUUUAUUCAGUUUCAAAGCUGCUCCAUUUGUUCCACCCCAUUAUCAAGUUCAGUAUUUUUUUUUUUUACCUAAAUUUCUGCAGUUUUACACUCAAAAGGACCUCAUGUCUAACAUAGAGCAUAACAAAGGUCUUGGACUGAUGGAUGUGGAUGCAUCAGAUGAGUCGGCUAACGACAUGCCAUCAUCCCAGAAGCAGGAGGAGGCUGUAAAGAAAAAAUAUGGAGGAAUCGUGCCCAAAAAGCCACCACUCAUAUCUAAGGACCAUGAGCGUGCUUACUUUGAUUCUGCGGAUUGGGCACUUGGAAAGCAAGGUGGAGAGAAGCCUAAGGGACCACUUGAGGCUCUUCGCCCUAAAUUGCAGCCAACACAGCAGCAAACGCGUUACCGGAAAUCUCCAUACGCUCCUUCAGGAGAAGAAGGGGGAAGUGUUCCAUCAGAGGAUGCACCUUCCAAUGAGUAAGCAGCAGUCAGUCUUUUGAUGAUGUGCUGACAAUUGUUGUAAUACCUCAGUGUAGGUAUGACUUUUUGUUGUUUUCAACAAUAAAGGAAGUUCAUCAUGUAUUCAUAUUAGCACAAGACAUGGCAAACUAUUUUACUUGAACCUACGCUGUAGACACAUACUUGGGAUUAUGAUUGUGUUUUACUCCCCCUACCCCCAAAAAACAAAACAAAACACACCCUUCUCUCUUUAUUUGACUAAA